CUUCAUUUUCACUAACGACCGUCAAGUCGCAACUUGCACGUGUGUAUGUUUUCGAAGAAUUACUAUUAGCGUGUAUGGUGCAAGAGGAAGAGUAGCGUAGCCUUCAAAUAUGAAAUAAACCAGUCCUAUCUGUUAAGACUGUUGUUGGUAUCAGUCAAGAAAAUCUGAACCAUGGAGAUGCAGAUGCCCCUUAACAUGCAGAUUGACUCCGAGUCAACCAUCAAGCAAUUUCGGGAAUUCCUUACCCAGUACAACAGGAUAUCAGAACAGUGUUUUGCUGAUUGUGUUCACGACUUCACUACACGAAAGAUUCUGGAACCAGAGAAUACGUGUUCCCUGAACUGUUUAGAAAAAUUCCUCAAAAUGUCCCAGAGGGUGUCUCAGCGUUUCCAGGAGCACCAUUUAACUCUGUCAGAUUCCAUGGCUGCGACAGCUCAAGCCCAGAGCAUGAAGAAGUAGCUGUUAAAACUGUGCAGAGAUGGCAGGAGUUGCUUGUGUGAUGUGCAAACAUGUAGAGAAUGCGGACAGCUAUGGUAUUUUGUGCCAUGGUAUUGUUGUGUCAGUGAAAGGAUAAUGUGGAAAAGGAUGUAGCCUUGUAGAUUGUAUGAUGGCUUUUAUGAAUCCUUUAAGAUUUUUGUGUUGCAAACUUUGCUUUUAGUCUCUUUCAUAAUUAUUUUCAGUAGUCACUUUUGUGAAGAGAAGACAAGCCUAUUGCAAUGAUUUGUUUGGAAAAAAAACUAGGCUUGAUUAUAUGUUAUGGAGGCAUAUGAUCAUGGACACAUAAUUAUUAGGACAUUUUUAAAGUAAAAGUGAAAUGCAGUUCUUAAA